AUGUUGUUCAUCAGUAGAUGGUAGGAUCUUUGGGGUUUGCCAGCGGCGACACGCCAACACUUACGGCGACUCAUUCCACAUCAAGAGCAACUUGUUUGCAAGGGACUUAGUUCCAUAGGAGAAAUUACACAGGGUUACACCCAUUGUCUUCGAACUUACUGUCUUCAUACUACUAGUUACCAACUACAUUUAUCUAGAAUCCCUGCUGGACUAGUUAUUGGAGGAAGGAGGCGGCAACCCCAUAUCUUAUCAUCGACCCAUUAUUAAAGGCGUAAAGGUUGGAGAAGAACACCUGGCCGCCGCAUAGCUAUCGGCGGCGGAGGACGCUUUCAGCCGACGAGUACGCAGCAUUUUGCUGGCCAUAAUCUCACUUCUAGUUGUACGGACACAAGCUCAGCGGGUUACGGCCUGAGCGCACGAUCCUAAGGGCUCGGCGCAACCAUGGCCGGCAAGGAGCAUCGCAAAUCCAAAUCCGGCAAAAAGGCGGAGAAGCGGAAGAUCGCAGACAAGAAGAAGAAAGGAGUAACAGAGGAGCAACGGAAGCAAAAUCCCCGGGCCUUUGCCUUCCAGUCCGCCGGCAAGGCCAAGGCGCAACAGGCGCGCAGCGCUGAGCGGGAGCAACGCCGCCUGCAUGCUCCCCUGCUAGAGAAGGAGGGCGAGGAGCCGCCUCCCUUCGUGGUGCUGGUGCAGGGGCCGCCGGGGGUUGGCAAGUCCACCCUGAUCCGCUGCCUGGUGAAGCACUACACGCGGCAGACGCUGGCGGAGGUGCUGGGCCCCGUGACGGUGGUGGCGGGCAAGAAGCGGCGGAUCACGCUGGUGGAGUGCCCGUCGGACCUGUGCGGCAUGAUGGACGCCGCCAAGUACGCCGACCUGGUGCUGCUGCUGAUCGACGGUUCCUUCGGGUUCGAGAUGGAGACCUUCGAGUUCCUCAACCUGCUGCAGGUUCACGGCUUCCCCAAGGUGAUGGGCGUGCUGACCCACCUGGACGGCUUCCGCGACCCCGCGCGCCUCAAGAAGACCAAGAAGAAGCUCAAGCAGCGCUUCUGGACGGAGAUCUACGACGGAGCCAAGCUCUUCUACCUCAGCGGGCUGCAGCAUGGCAAGUACCUGAAGCGCGAGGUGCUCAACAUGGCCCGCUUCAUCUCCGUCAUGAAGCACCGCCCGCUCACAUGGCGGCUGGCGCACCCCUACACACUGGCGGAUAGGUUCGAGGACGUCACCCCCCGCGAGGCCGUCCGCGUGAACCCCAAGUGCGACCGCGAGGUGGUGCUGUACGGCUACCUUCGCGGCACCAACAUGAAGCCGCAGCAGCGGGUGCACAUCGCGGGGGUGGGGGACUUCACGCUGCAGGAGCUGGACGCGCUGCCCGACCCCUGCCCCCUGCCCGGCUCCGUCAAGCGGCGCGGGCUGAACGACAAGGAGCGGCUGCUGUACGCGCCCAUGGCGGACGUGGGGGGGCUGCUGUACGACAAGGACGCGGUGUACAUCGACAUCCCCGACUGGAAGGUCCAGUACACGGGUGACUCCGGGCGGGCUGCGGACCAGGGGGAGGCCAUGGUACGGCAGCUGCAGGCCACCCAGCAGCCGGUGGACGAGGCUCUGCGGGCGGGUAGCAUCCGGCUGUUCCCGGGGGGCCGGGCCAUUCGGGGGGACAGCAGCAUGGCUGGGGAGGAGGACAGCGAGGAGGAGGAGGAGGAGAGCGGGAGCGAGGGAGAGGAGGAGGACAGCGAGGAGGAGGGCAGCAGCGAGGAUGGUGACGAUGAUGAUGAUGAGGAGGAGGAGGAAGACGAGGAGGAGGAGGAUGGUGUAGAUCCGCGCAAGAGGGCCCUCCCUCGCGGUCUGCCCCGCUCCGCCGCCCCCCGGGCUGGACCCGACGGCCGCAUGCGCCGCGCCGCGCUGUUCGGGAGUGAGCCGGUGCCGCUGCUGCAGCAGCCCUCGGAGGAUGAGGAGGAGGGGGAGAGCGAGGAGGGGGAGAGUGAGGAGGGGGAGGAGGAGGAGGAGGAGGAGGAGCAGGGGAAGCAGCAGCAGGGGGCGAGGAAGCGGCGGCGGCUGGCGGAUGGAAGUGCGCAGGAGGCUUCGGAGGAGGGCGAGAGUGAUGAUGAUGAUGAGGAAGAAGAUGAGGAGGAGGAGGACGAUGAGGAGGGUAUGGGUGCCGCCGCCCGCUGGAAGGCCGGCAUGUCCUCCCGCGCCGCCUCCUUCUUCUUGCAGCGCUCCUCCGACCUGGCGGCAUUUGUGUACGGCAAGCGGGCGGUGGCGGGGGCGGCAGGGGAGGAGGGGGACAGCGAGGAGGAGGAGGGGGGUGGGGAGGGGGGCAAGGGGCUGGGGGAUGUGGAGGAGGAGGAGGAGGGCGGCGGCAGUGGGGACAGCGAUGAUGACUUCUUCCGGCUGAAGAGCCGCUCGGAUGGAUCGGAGCGAGCGAGGAGGGGGAGCCUGGAGGUGGUGGAUGCUCUGGACACCAGUCGUGUGCUUCCCAGGCCCGACAUCCUAGCAGCCUGGCGACCCCCCGCCUCCUCCUCCUCAGCUCCCACCGCCGCCUCCUCCGCCCCGCCUGCCGAGCUGCUUGCCGCACUGCGCAACCGCUUCGUGACGGGAGACUGGGCGGAGGGGCAGCGCCGGGCGGAGGCACGUCCGGGGGGGGACAGCGAUGAUGAUGAGGAGGAGGGCAGCGAGGGGGAGGAUGGUCAGGUGUUUGGAGACUUCGAGGACUUGGAAACCGGCCUGAAGUUCGGUCAGAACGGCUCCGGCAAGGCCGCGGGUGGGGGCGGCGGCGCCAGCAGCGACCCAGUCGCCGCUGCGGCUCAACGCGCCAUAGCCGACGCGCGCGCCGAGGCGGAGCGACUGAAAGCAGCCAAGGCGGCGAAGAAGGCGGCAUUCGAUGCGUCGUACGACAAGAAGGGGCAGAAGGACGGGGAUGACGACGAUGAGGAGGGUGGUGGUGGUGGCGAGGACGCCGGCGGAGACGAUGGAGAGGAGGAUGCCAAGGGUGGCAAGGGCGGCAAGGGUGGCAAGGGCGGGAAGAAGGGCGUUCCGGGCCGGCCAGGCCCCCAGGACGAGGAGACGUACUACGACUCGCUUAAGAAGGACAUGGCGGCCCGCGCCGCCGCCACCCGGCAGCUGCUGUCGGGGCUGGACGAGGCCACCCGGCUGGCCAUGGAGGGCUACCGGCCGGGUUGCUACGUGCGGAUGAGGUUCACUGGUGUCCCCUGCGAGCUGGUUGCGCACCACGACCCCCGCCGUCCGCUGCUGGUGGGCGGGCUGGGUCAGGGCGAGGAGAAGCUGGGCAUGAUGCGCGUGCGGCUGAAGCGGCACCGCUGGUUCCCCCGCCUGCUCAAGUGCCGCGACCCGCUGGUGUUCAGUGUGGGCUGGAGGCGCUUCCAGAGCAUGCCCGUGUAUGCGAUCGAGGACCACAACCGGCGCCUCCGCAUGCUCAAGUACUCGCCCGAGCACAUGCACUGCAUCGCGGUGCUGUACGGCCCCCUGGCGCCGCCCAACAGCGGGGUGGCUGCCGUACAGCGGCUGGACGGGGGGGUGGCGGGGUGGCGGGUGGCGGCCACGGGGGUGGUCACGGAGCUGGAUGCGGACGUGCGGGUGGUGAAGAAGCUCAAGCUGGUGGGCACCCCCUUCAAGAUCCACCGCCACACCGCCUUCGUGGGCGGCAUGUUCAACAGUCGCCUGGAGGUCACCAAGUUCGAGGGCGCCGCGGUGCGCACCGUCAGCGGCAUCCGCGGCACCAUCAAGAAGGCGCUGCGGCCCGGGGUGGAGGGGGCCAAGGAGGGGGCCUUCCGCGCCACCUUUGAGGACAAACCGUUGCUGUCGGACAUUGUGUUCCUGCGCGCCUGGGUGGCACUGGACCUGCCGCGCUUCUACAACCCGGUGACCAAUCUGCUGGCGGCGCCGCAGGUGCCGCAGCGGGCACCCAAACACGGCGGCAAGCGGGAGGAGGGUGCGGGUGCGGGUAAGGAGCAGCCAGCAGUGGCGGCUGCGGCUGUGCCGGCCUUGCCGGCGCCUGCAGCAGCAGCAGCAGCGGGAGGAGCAGCAGCGGGAGCGGGGGGUGCCGGCUUCCAGGCGGCACCGGCGUUCAACGGGCCUCGUCCCGGCAUGGUGUUCAAGCUGGG